UUCUCUCCUAGUUGAGGAAAAGAAAAAAAUCCUCCUCCUUAGGGAGCCCCCUCGCCCUCAGGAAAACAAAACCAGACAUGAUCCUGGGCUCCCGCUCCUGAGAGACCGGCGGAGCGAGGAGCUGGGACACCAGUGGAGACUGCACGGAAGGCCACUGGAGGGAAGCCCCUGCAGCCCCGCCUCGGUCCCCGCCGCGGCCGGCCCCUCCUCGGCCAGAGCCCGGCGGCCCCCAGCCCUGCGGGCCUCCCGCCGCGUCCCCCCACUUUCCCCGGAGCCGGCCGAACACACCUCCAUUGAUGGUGUAGCGCAUCGGGGGAAGAAGACAGAUUUGUGGCAAAUUCUACAGGGUGGAUUUCCAGCAGUUGUGCCAGAUAUGCACCCCCUCGGAUAAGAAAGAAGAGUUAAACCAUUCUUUAUUGGUUAGGACUUCUGGGAAUUAUACAGGAAGGAAACUAAGAAGGAAGAUGUCAAACUGUGACCCUCUGAAGCAUUUUUGAAACAUUGGGGUUGUUGGAGUGGUUGGAUUUUCCCUGGAAUUGAGUGAGAAAUUCAGAAGACUGAAGCCCAGGCUUACUGUCUACCUUUCACGGAGGCCUAGCCGUGAGAGGACAGAAGAAGGCACGUGGCGAAUCAUGACAGCUGACAAAGACAAAGACAAAGACAAAGACAAAGAGAAGGACCGGGACCGAGAUCGGGACCGAGAGAGAGAGAAAAGAGACAAAGCAAGAGAGAGCGAGAAUUCAAGGCCACGCAGGAGCUGUACCUUGGAAGGAGGAGCCAAAAAUUAUGCUGAGAGUGAUCACAGCGAAGAUGAGGACAAUGACAAUAGUGCCACCACAGAGGAGUCCACAAAAAAGAACAAAAAGAAACCACCGAAAAAAAAGUCUCGUUAUGAAAGGACAGACACUGGUGAGAUAACAUCGUACAUCACUGAGGAUGAUGUUGUCUACAGACCGGGAGACUGUGUGUAUAUCGAGAGUCGGAGGCCAAACACACCGUAUUUCAUCUGUAGCAUUCAAGACUUCAAACUGGUCCACAACUCCCAGGCCUGUUGCAGAUCUCCAACUCCUGCUUUGUGUGACCCCCCAGCAUGCUCUCUGCCGGUGGCGUCACAGCCACCACAGCAUCUUUCUGAAGCCGGGAGAGGGCCUGUAGGGAGUAAGAGGGACCACCUACUCAUGAACGUCAAAUGGUACUACCGUCAGUCUGAAGUUCCAGAUUCUGUGUAUCAGCAUUUGGUUCAGGAUCGACAUAAUGAAAAUGACUCUGGAAGAGAACUUGUCAUUACAGACCCAGUUAUCAAGAACCGAGAGCUCUUCAUUUCUGAUUAUGUAGACACCUACCAUGCUGCCGCCCUUAGAGGGAAAUGUAACAUCUCUCAUUUUUCUGACAUAUUUGCUGCUAGAGAGUUUAAAGCCCGAGUGGAUUCAUUUUUCUACAUAUUAGGCUACAACCCUGAGACAAGGAGGCUGAACAGUACCCAGGGGGAAAUUCGUGUUGGUCCUAGCCAUCAGGCCAAACUUCCCGAUUUGCAGCCAUUCCCUUCUCCAGAUGGCGACACUGUGACCCAACAUGAGGAGCUGGUGUGGAUGCCUGGAGUCAAUGACUGCGACCUCCUUAUGUACUUGAGGGCAGCAAGGAGCAUGGCGGCUUUUGCAGGCAUGUGUGAUGGAGGCUCCACAGAGGAUGGCUGUGUUGCAGCAUCUCGGGAUGACACCACUCUCAACGCACUGAACACACUACAUGAAAGCGGUUAUGAUGCCGGCAAAGCCCUGCAGCGCCUGGUAAAGAAGCCUGUGCCCAAGCUGAUCGAAAAGUGCUGGACCGAGGAUGAAGUGAAACGUUUUGUUAAGGGGCUCAGGCAGUACGGCAAGAACUUCUUCAGAAUCCGAAAGGAGCUGCUUCCCAAUAAGGAAACAGGGGAACUGAUCACCUUCUAUUACUACUGGAAGAAAACCCCAGAAGCAGCCAGCUCCAGGGCCCACCGCAGACACCGUAGGCAGGCUGUGUUCAGGAGGAUUAAGACCCGCACUGCGUCCACACCCGUCAACACACCUUCCAGACCCCCUUCCAGUGAAUUCUUGGACCUCAGUUCAGCCAGCGAGGACGACUUCGACAGUGAGGACAGCGAGCAGGAGCUGAAGGGGUACGCCUGCCGCCACUGCUUCAGCACCACCUCCAAAGACUGGCAUCACGGGGGCCGGGAGAACAUCCUGCUCUGCACAGACUGCCGCAUCCACUUCAAGAAAUACGGCGAGCUCCCCCCCAUCGAGAAGCCUGUGGACCCCCCACCAUUUAUGUUCAAACCUGUCAAAGAGGAAGAGGAUGGGCUCAGUGGGAAACAUAGCAUGAGGACUCGGCGGAGUCGAGGCUCGAUGUCUACACUGCGCAGUGGUCGAAAGAAGCAGCCAGCCAGCCCUGAUGGUCGCACCUCGCCCAUCAAUGAAGACAUCCGCUCCAGUGGCCGGAAUUCCCCCAGCGCUGCCAGCACCUCCAGCAAUGACAGUAAAGCGGAAACUGUGAAGAAGCUGGCCAAGAAGGUGAAGGAAGAAGCCUCAUCCCCUCUGAAGAGCACCAAGCGCCAGCGGGACAAGGUGGCCUCUGAUACAGAGGAGGCUGACAGGACCAGUUCAAAGAAGACGAAAACCCAGGAAAUCAGCCGGCCCAACUCACCAUCCGAAGGUGAGGGAGAGAGUUCCGACAGCCGUAGUGUCAACGAUGAGGGCAGCAGUGACCCCAAAGACAUCGACCAGGACAAUCGCAGCACGUCCCCCAGCAUCCCCAGCCCCCAGGACAAUGAGAGUGACUCGGACUCCUCUGCCCAGCAGCAGACCCUGCAGGCCCAGCCCCCAGCCCUGCAGGCUUCCAAUGGGGCUACUCCAGCUCCCUCCACAGCCCCACCAGGAGCCCCCCAGCUUCCCACACCAGGGCCCACGCCCUCUGCAGUUCCUCCACAGGGCUCUCCCUCAGCCUCCCAGCCCCCUAACCAGGCUCCAUCAGGUCCUGCUUCCCAUGCCCACAUCCAACAGGCACCUGCCCUGCACCCACAGCGGCUGCCCUCCCCGCAUUCGCCAUUGCAGCCUCUGACUGGGCCAGCUGGCCAGACCUCUGCCCCACCUCACACCCAGCCCCCACUGCAUAGUCAGGGCCCGUCCGGCCCUCACAGCCUGCAGGCUGGGGCCCUGCUGCAGCACCCAGGCCCCCCACAGCCAUUUGGCCUCCCUCCCCCAGCCUCCCAGGCAGCAGCUCACCCUCACGCCUCCCUGCAGCCCCCAGCCUCUCAGUCAGCAUUGCAGCCCCAGCAGCCCCCACGGGAGCAGCCCCUGCCACCGGCACCCCUGGCCAUGCCGCACAUCAAGCCCCCGCCCACCACACCCAUCCCCCAGCUGCCUGCACCACAGGCUCACAAGCAUCCACCUCAUCUCUCAGGGCCCUCCCCCUUCUCCAUGAAUGCCAACCUCCCACCCCCUCCAGCACUGAAGCCCCUGAGCUCCCUCUCUACACACCAUCCCCCUUCUGCCCACCCCCCACCCCUGCAGCUCAUGCCUCAGAGCCAGCCCCUGCCCUCAUCCCCUGCCCAGCCCCCUGUGCUGACCCAGAGCCAGAGCCUGCCCUCUGCUGCCUCUCACCCUCCCACAGGCCUCCAUCAGGUGCCCCCUCAGCCCCCAUUCACUCAGCACCCCUUCGUCCCUGGAGGCCCUCCUCCAAUCACCCCUCCAUCCUGCCCCUCUACCUCCACUCCACUUGCGGGACCUGGCCCCUCGGCCCAGCCAGCCUGCUCUGCUGCCGUUUCUUCAGGAGGCAACACACCUGGCGGGGCAGCCUGCCCACUGCCCACUGUCCAGAUCAAGGAAGAGGCUCUGGACGAUGCUGAGGAGCCCGAGAGCCCCCCACCCCCUCCAAGGAGCCCAUCCCCUGAACCCACUGUGGUGGACACACCCAGCCACGCCAGCCAGUCAGCCAGGUUCUACAAACACCUGGACCGGGGUUACAACUCGUGUGCACGGUCAGACCUGUACUUUAUGCCUCUGGCGGGAUCAAAACUGGCUAAGAAGAGGGAGGAGGCCAUCGAGAAGGCCAAGCGGGAGGCGGAGCAGAAAGCCCGAGAAGAGCGAGAGCGGGAAAAGGAGAAGGAGAAGGAGCGCGAGCGGGAGCGUGAGCGAGAGCGGGAGGCUGAGCGAGCAGCCCAGAAGGCCUCCAGUGCAGCACAUGAAGGCCGCCUCAGCGACCCCCAGCUCGGGGGCCCCGGCCACAUGCGGCCAUCCUUUGAGCCACCACCAACCACCAUUGCUGCUGUGCCCCCAUAUAUCGGGCCUGACACCCCUGCCCUUCGGACUCUGAGCGAGUAUGCUCGGCCCCAUGUCAUGUCACCCACCAACCGCAACCACCCCUUCUACAUGCCCCUCAACCCCACUGACCCGCUGCUGGCCUACCACAUGCCCGGCCUCUACAACGUCGACCCCACCAUCCGGGAGCGGGAGCUCCGGGAGCGCGAGAUCCGGGAGCGGGAGAUCCGGGAGCGAGAGUUGCGGGAGAGGAUGAAGCCAGGCUUCGAGGUGAAGCCUCCAGAGCUGGACCCCCUGCACCCAGCCACCAACCCCAUGGAGCACUUCGCCCGGCACAGCGCCCUCACCAUUCCCCCCACUGCGGGUCCCCACCCUUUUGCUUCUUUCCACCCGGGUCUGAAUCCCUUGGAGAGGGAGAGACUGGCCCUGGCGGGCCCCCAGCUUCGGCCCGAGAUGAGCUACCCUGAUAGACUGGCGGCUGAGCGGAUCCACGCCGAGCGAAUGGCAUCGUUGACCAGCGACCCUCUGGCCCGACUGCAGAUGUUCAACGUGACUCCACACCAUCACCAGCACUCACACAUCCACUCACACCUCCACCUCCACCAGCAGGACCCCCUCCACCAAGGUUCAGCAGGCCCAGUUCACCCGCUGGUUGACCCCCUGACUGCUGGCCCUCACCUGGCUCGCUUUCCCUAUCCCCCUGGCACUCUCCCCAACCCUCUGCUUGGACAGCCCCCCCAUGAGCACGAGAUGCUUCGUCACCCUGUUUUUGGCACCCCCUACCCCCGAGACCUGCCAGGGGCCAUCCCACCCCCCAUGUCAGCUGCACACCAGCUGCAGGCCAUGCAUGCCCAGUCGGCUGAGCUGCAGCGGCUGGCCAUGGAGCAGCAGUGGCUGCAUGCACACCCCCACAUGCACGGCAGCCACCUGCCAAGCCAGGAAGAUUAUUACAGUCGACUGAAGAAAGAAGGUGACAAGCAGUUAUAAGUUAUUUAUUUGUUAACGCUGGCUGUGGAAACCCUAGUUCUUGGGGGGAUAAACAGGACUUUUUACAUACCAAUAGGAUCUGCAAAAGCAAAAGAAUAUCUUCUAAAGAUUUCUUUAUAUAUUUAAAAACCCCACAACUAAAAAUGUAUCAGCAUAAUAGUGUUUGUUUGUAGAGAGGAUUCCUUGAGACUGGUUUGGGUCUCCCUGCAUGACAGUCCCCCAGAAACUUAGCGAGUCCUGGACUGGACUGAACAUUCAGAAAACUUCCCAGCAAUCUUGGGGUUCAGCUUUGUUUCCUUCCCUUUUCGACUUCUCAGUAGGUGCUAGGGUCCAGUCACACCCUUCACUGUGCGUGCAAACGCACUCAGUCACGUGUGUCCCACAGCCCACAAGGUGUGCAGAUGGGUGGCAUAUGAGUUUGGAAUCCAAGAGCUAUAAUUUUUAAAGAAUCUUUUAUUUUGCUACAUUGUUGGAAACCAUAAUUUGAAAAAGCUCUGCAGCACAGCUUUUUAUGUCUGUAAAUAAUUUUAGAGCAGCCUUUUUUUCUUUUCACAAACUACUGUUGAUCUAUUUUUUCCAGCCAUGUCACUAAUUAUGAAUUCCUACCAGCUAUUGACAGAAUACAGAGUUGAUUUUUUAAUAAAAAGUUAUAUAUAAUUAUCCCUUUAAUUAAAGGGAGCAGAUGGGCGUUACUAAUUGCAAACAGGCAAAAGCUUGGUACUUGGUUUGGUUGCAGCAGUGAGCAUCCAGGGGUUUGCAGGGACAGUGUUACAAACUUUUUGUUUUGCUUUCAUUCUCCACUUCUGUCUGUUCCAAGCUGUGCUUUGCCAGCAGCGCAGACAUCUGUUAGAUCGAGCCUCUUGUCACUUUGCACCAGAAGUGCAGGAGUUAAAUGUCCACCCGUUGUUCUGUUCUGCAGGAUAUACACAUGUUUAUGUGUGUCUGAUUGUAGAUUUCCUUAUAGAUUUCUAUGCACACAUAUUUGAUUGUUCUGGGUGGACUGCCUUUCUUAAUACUCUGACAAUUGCAUAAAUAUUCUAGAAAAUUCAAGAAAAUGAUUCCCUACCAAUAGCACAUAUGCUUGCCAAAGGAGUCUGUCAGGAAUUUGCCCUUCUGUGCGUGUUGUCCUGGGCUCUGUGGUGAGGCCAGGCUGUCCCCACAGUGUGCAGCUGCUUUCCAGUGGGGAGACCUCAGAGUGGUUGCGGUUGUGGGUGGUGUGGCUUACAUGACUAUCACCAGGAGCAAGGUGACCCAUGUCAGGCUGGGAAGCCAUUUGAGUGCCACCCUUCAUCCUGAAGUGGGAACAAGGGUGAAAGGCACACCUGUGGAGUGGGGCUCAGGCUGUCCUGUAGAGAGCCCCCUUCAACUUCCAAGUUGCUACAGAGGAUGGGGAGGUUCUUGGACUGUCUGCACCUGUUUCUGCCCAGGUAUGACCCUUUCUGUCCCUCUUCUCUCAGACUGUGGAGAGUUGUUUCCGCUGUUGCAUGUGGCGGCCAUGUCCAAGAAUUGUCAGGCGACAGUAGGUUGUUUCUGUGGGUCAGUGGGUGUGAAGUACACCCAGGACCCGAGCCGCGUGGGACGGAAGGGGCUGGUGCUGUGAGCCAGGACCCGUCAGGUGUUGGCUCAGACUCGGGUUUGCGGCUGCGUUGCGGCAUUGCCCGUUUCUGUUAAAACCGUGUUCGAUUUCAGCUGGGACAGAUAGAGGAUUGUUUUGUUUGUUGAAAAUGUUUGUAGUUUUUUCUUUCAUUCCAUUUCUGCCUUAAAUUUAGCUCCUUGUAGAGGAGACAAGCUCAGAUGAACCCUUUGUCAUCAGACUUGUGGCUGUGUUGGCAGGGGCAUUUGUUUCCUCCGGGGCAGUGACCUGCCAUCAGAGUGGGCUGCUCUUCAACGAGGCCGCACUUCGGCAGCUCCCGCUGCCCCCCGAUUCCCGCACCAUUGCCCCACCCUCUCCCAUUUCUUGUUUUCCUUCUGAUAGAAAACAAUACCCACCAUUCAGUUACGACUCUUUAUCUCCUCUCUCCAGCAUCCAUUUUCCAAAGAAGAGAGAGAGGGAAGUUCUUUGAAGUCUGUAUUGAAAGUUGUCUGAAGGCGUUUUCCUGUUAGGUUUUGGUUCCCCCCACAUCCCAAGGUGAAGCACUGAGAUUCUUCUAUUUGAAAACCCUCACCUGGUCAGCUACGGUUUAGGAGGCCCCAGACCUUCCUUUUGUUUGAAGUUGGGUUUUGCUUUUCUGUGUUUUGUAUGUAUCUUGUUCGAUGUUGUCAAGGUUGAGCUUCACGUUUCACUGCGGCAGCAGCAGCAGAGCAGAAUGUACAUUCUGACUUGCUACGUUUAUAUAUAUCUCGAAGCUAAAUGUAUAUAUGAGUAGUUUGCCAUGAGAUAACACAGUGUAAACAGAGUAGACACCCAGAAAUCGUGACUUCUGUGUUCUCUCCAUUUGAGUAUUUUGUAAUUUUUUGGAAAUAUUUGUGGACAUAAAUAAAACCAAGCUACACUACAA